UGGCAGGGAGAUGAGAAGACACUCUGAGGAGGGACAUGACCUCACACUUCCUGGGGACUUCAGUGUCAUGAGAAUCUCCCACAGGAGGCUGAGCGACUGAGGCCGGGCCGACUGAGGCCGGGCCAAAUAAUGAUCCCUGGAGACACCCUCCUCCUCUGUCUCGCUGGUGUCCUCAGGCCUGACCUCCACCACCCUCGCUCACUCUCCCUAGUGCUCUGCCUGGGCCUCGGACUCCUCACACAUGCAGCUGUGUGCUCACAUCCUCAUGGUCAAGGACCCUGGUUCGAGCCCCACUCUCCCCUGCAGGGAGGCUUCACGAAUGGCGAAGCAGGCGUUCCCGCCCCAGCUCCCACCAUCUCGGUCUCGCCGGGCCCCGUGGUGCCCUGGAACCAGUCUGUGCGGAUCUGGUGCCGGGGGCCGGUCUCCUUCUUGUACCACCUGGAGCUCCAGAGAAGCCCUGGCUCGGACCCCGAGGUGGUGGGGCACACCCUGGGGGCCAGGAAGGAGGCCGAGUUCCCCCUGCAGCGCAUGGACGCUGGCAAGGCCGGGAGCUACCGGUGCCGGUUCCAGGGCCCGGACGGCUGGUCGGAGCACAGUGAGGAGCUGCAGCUGGUGGUGACAGGCUUCUAUGACAAGCCUCUGCUGUCUCCAGGGGGGCCGCUGGUGGCCCGGCUGGGGGCGCGCCUGUCCCUCCGCUGCAGCUCCCCCCACGCCAGGUUUGAUGGAUUCUCCCUGGCCAAGGAGGGGGGGGCCCCCAUCCCCGCCCCAGAGCGGGACCCGCGGGGGGCUACUUCUCCCUGGGCCCCGUGGGCACUAGCUCCUCUGGGAACUACAGCUGCUACGGCUGGUUCCACGGCAGCCGCUCUGUGUGGUCGGAGCCCAGCGAGGCCCUGCAGCUGGGGGUCACAGAUGCUGGCGGAGGGGCCCAUGCGGUGGAGAACUCGGUGCGGCUGGGCCUGGCGGGGCUGGUGCUGGCGGGCCUGGUGGGCCUGCUGGCCUGGCACCCCUGGGGCCCCAGAGAGCCCCGUCCAGCCUGCAUGGAGGCCGCAGGAACAGCGGGCAGAGUGGACCUUCCGCCCCCGCCCCCUGGGGACCACGCCACCUUGAAGCAGAAGUGGCAAGGCUCCAGGACCGCAGGUUUCAUUCCCGGCACCACUGUGAACCGGAGCUGAGCAGAGUUCUGGGGCAAGCAAGCAAGCAAGCAAACUAUUUCCCUUAAAAAGUAAUAAAAUGAUUACAAAACCCCAAAUAACCACAGCAGGUGACCUGGCUUCUCACUGCCACACCCCUUCUCUCUCUCUGUCUAUCUGUCUCCCUGACUGACCCACCCCUUCUCUCUCUCUGUCUAUCUGUCUCCCUGACUGACCCACCCCUUCUCUCUCUCUGUCUAUCUGUCUCCCUGACUGACCCACCCCUUCUCUCUCUCUGUCUAUCUGUCUCCCUGACUGACCCACCCCCUUCUCUCUCUCUGUCUAUCUGUCUCCCUGACUGACCCACCCCUUCUCUCUCCCUGUCUAUCUGUCUCCCUGACUGACCCGCCCCUUCUCUCUCUCUGUCUAUCUGUCUCCCUGACUGACCCGCCCCUUCUCUCUCUCUGUC